AUGGAUGAUCCUGCCAUCGCUGGCGACAGUAUGUUCCUCUGCAAGUUUGCUGUUGAAUGCGAGAUCGAAUUAUCAGCUACCAUCGUACGUCUGGGAUUGCAGGCCAUCAUCCGAGGUAUCUGCUUUCUCGACUGGCUGGUCUUCCUCUAUAACUUCUUCCUGCAUUUGUUGACCCGUGUCAAGUCAGUCAUUUUCGAGGGUAGAGGGACAGAUUACAGGGAGACCGACCCGCCCAGUAUUCCUUGUCCGUUUCUGCUACCCCCUUCUGUCGUCAAACUCCGCUUGAAGAAGGUUACCCUUGCUGGUUAUAGCCUGGAGGGGUUGCUGUCGCCUGAUGGACGGCUUCAGAGACUUUGCAUAGAAAGUCUGGAAGAGGGUGCUAUCCCUAUCCCAUGGAGUGCCAAACAGCGGGCUGAUAUUCGCGAGUCCCUCAGCUUCAACAGUUUCCAUGGCCCUUUUCUCUUGAACCCAGUUCCUCCGACUCUUCGGUAUAUCAGACUAGACCUCCGGUCCGAUGCAUACAAUAUGAUAGAGCACAGUCAGCAGAUUCAACCUGCGGGCUCCAUUCUCAUUGGCGGGUACAUGCUAUUACAUCAACUGUUUUCGACCCCACUCGCCCGUGCGAAGUAUGAUCAACUGCUUGACGUCGGAGAGUCAUAUCCCUUUCAGACCAAUGCACUUGCUCUGCAGGAGCUUAACAUCCGUCUGGGCACACACUACAAUGGAGAGUUCGCAUAUGUUUGGCCCCGAGUGUCUAAUACCCUCUCUAUGUUGACUAUACACGUCCCUAAUCUACAUACCGGUGGUGUCGUGCCAUGCAUCAGCCUGACGGGCCUCAAUGUUUUGUCGACUUUGAACCUCUACGCAGACUUUCGCUAUGUUGGCACUUUGUUGAAGAUCAUUGCCUCCUGGGAAUCUCCAAGCAAGGAGACUGCGACUGCGGUUGUUUUGCUGGACUUGGUGGUAUCCCCUUGGUCACAGGUGCGCUUGGACAAGUGCUUGUCCAUGGAGGAUGUAAAGCAGCACUUUACCGGUUCUGCCGCAAAUCGAGGUAUUCCAUUCAGAGGUUCCUUUACGCUUUCCUUACGGGAUAUAGUGGAACAUGCCCUGCAUGAUCCUGACUACGAACAUGCACUUUCGUUAAUCUCUGCAUUAUCAGCUGAUAAGGAUAUUGGUUUGCAUCAUGUUGAGUGUCAUAGAUACCAUUGUGAUACUCUAAUCUCGUAG